GGGCAGUAUGAGCGGGACAUCUGCGCCCGGGAAGUUCCCUGGCAGCUUGAACCGCGCACCUGAUGCUUGCUGUCCCUCUCCAUACAGGGUGCAGUGUCCGGCCGCCGCGAUGAACGCGAGCGCCUCUUCCCUCAAUGAGUCCCAGGUGGUGGCAGUGGCGGCAGAGAGCGCGGCGGCAGCAGCUACAGCGGCAGGGGCGCCGGACACCAGUGAAUGGGGGCAUCCUGUGGCGGCCGCGGCGCUGGCAGGCGGGGGCGUGACUAAUGCGUCGCUGGAGCUGUCUUCGCAGAUGCCCGCGGGGUCGCCUGGGCUGCUACUGUCAGCGGUGAAUCCAUGGGACAUGCUGCUGUGCGUGUCGGGGACAGUGAUUGCAGGAGAAAAUGCACUGGUAGUGGUGCUCAUCGCGUUCACCCCGGCGCUGCGCAGGCCCAUGUUUGUGCUGGUGGGCAGCUUGGCCACCGCAGACCUGCUGGCGGGCUGCGGACUCAUCUUGCACUUCGUGUUCCAGUACGUGGUGCCCUCGGAGACAGUAAGCCUGCUCACGGUGGGCUUCCUUGUGUCCUCCUUCGCUGCCUCGGUCAGCAGCCUGCUGGCUAUAACAGUGGACCGCUACCUGUCCCUCUACAACGCGCUCACCUACUACUCACGGCGGACCCUGUUGGGUGUGCACCUUCUGCUCGCCGCCACCUGGACGGUCUCCCUAGGCCUCGGGCUGCUGCCGGUGCUAGGCUGGAACUGCCUGGCAGAGCGUACAACUUGUAGCGUGGUGCACCCUCUGACGCGCAGCCACGUGGCGCUGCUCUCCGCGACCUUCUUUGCGGUCUUCGGCAUCAUGUUGCACCUGUACGUGCGCAUCUGCCAGGUGGUCUGGCGCCAUGCGCACCAGAUCGCGCUGCAGCAGCACUGCCUGGCGCCACCCCACCUUGCAGCCACCAGAAAGGGUGUGGGUACGCUGGCUGUGGUGCUGGGCACUUUUGGUAUCAGCUGGCUGCCCUUUGCCAUAUACUGUUUGGUGGGCAGCCGCGAGGACCCGGCUGUCUACACCUACGCCACCCUGCUGCCAGCCACCUACAACUCCAUGAUCAACCCUAUUAUCUAUGCCUUCCGCAACCAAGAGAUCCAGCGUGCCCUGUGGCUCCUGUUCUGUGGCUGUUUCCAGUCCAAAGUGCCCUUCCGCUCCAGGUCUCCCAGUGAGGUCUGAAGGCUCUCUCUGUCCUCUCACCAACACCACAGCCCCAACCAGCCAGCCUAUGGCGAGCUUCUCGGUGCCUGCUGAUGAACUCUGAGAUCCCAACAGUGUGACUCUGACUUUGAAAAAAAAGAACCAGAAAAUAAACAUACACAACAGACUCACAAGGACAAAGAAUUUUGAUGGCACUUUACAUAUACAGUGUAUACAUGUGUACAUAUAUAUACAAAUUAUUUGUAUCUUCUGGAGGUGUUCAGGAUGUGGAAUUUUCUGGUGGUGAAAAAACUAACAAAGAUGUGUUUGUAUACCCAAAUUGUACAUCAUAUUUGUCAAGUGAACACAUCCAAUAUUGCUUAAUUAUAGCAUUUCAUUUUUAGCUGCUGAACUGCCAAAACAGUGUUGCCAUUUUCAAGGGCAGGGGAAAGCGGAGGGGAGUAACAGGUGUAUUUUUGUCAUAUGUGAUAGAAUAUUUUGCUGCACAUGCAUCAGUAAAUUACAACA